AAACAUUCUGCAACGUAGUUUUAUUUCAAUUCUGAUUCUGAUUCUGGUUCUGGUUCCAUUUUCUAUUCCAAUUCCGAAUUUCAUCGAAAAAGACUUCCAUUGUACCAAAACAGGCCGAAUCUCCUCUUCCCACUUGUCUGGUAGCUGGGAGCUGGUAGCUGUUAAGGAGUAGGAGUCCAUUUUUCUUCGUCCACAGAAAAAGCAUUACACACUCGGUCGAGCUCGCCGUCGGACGACGUGUCAGCCCUGCGUCGUUGUUCUCGGUCAAGUAUUGAAGAAGGUUCAAACCCUAGGGUUUUUUCUACUGCCAAAAUCUGUUGCUUGGAGGGGUUGCCUGAAUCAAUUGGCUCACUAAGGUCUCUUUGUCAAAGUAUUUGGAACAAAAAUUUGAAGGAUAAUGUAUCAACUAUUCAUAAUUUGAAGAUUUCAGUGGGGGAAGAUGCCCCCACUGAGUGUGAUAUAGGCCCGCCUAUGGAUUCUCAUGCCUGGAAGGACAGGAUGGAGAACAUGCAGUAUGCUGAGGAGCUUGUCAGAGAGUUCCUCAUUUUCAGAGGAUUUACAAAUGCACUUCAAACUUAUGAAAGCGAACUGCGGACUGAUGUUGGUAAAGGUUUUGAAGUAGAUAAGAUCUUGGACCUAAUCUUCUCUGUAUAUAUUCCUAAAUUUCAAGCCGAAAAGUUAGUUGGUCUGCUCAGUUUCUUCAAACAGUAUCUCUCAUCAUCGUCUGAAGCAGUGCUAAUUGCUACCUUAUCUAAAUUGGAGGCUUCAAUUUUACGGUAUUACAUAGUCCAUGCAUUGCAAAUGGGAAGAAGAGACAGAGUGGUAGAUUUUUUUGCAGUGAGAGGCAAUGAAUUGCUGGAAAGGUCACAUGAUUGGAUUCCAUGGUUUGCAAUUCCAUAUAUCAAGAAUCCCCACUUGGAUCCAGAGUUUCACAUUUAUUUCUCCAAGGAAUGGUUUGAGGCCAUGCAUCUUGCUGUACGAAACUUCUUUUGUGAGAUCUUCAAUGGCAGUCGUCUACCUGCUUUACUGAAGAUUAGUUCAGAUACAAAUACUACCAACAUUCUCAAAAGAGAGAUCAGACAACUGAAUCUUAAGUUGUCCCAACUCCAGGCUUUACUUGAGGAGAAAGAGGCACAAUUAAGUCAGCUUAGGAGUAUGGAAGGAAGUAAUGAUUCAUCAAGUAUCUUGCGUGAAGAAGGUAUUUACACAUUGAAAGAUACUCCAGAAGUUUGCACGACAAUUAAUCCACAAAUAGGUGAAACAGAAUUUAGCCAGGAAUCUGUUGUUGCUGGGCCUAGUAAAAAUGAUUCAGAAUGUAUCAGCUCCAAUUAUGAUGUUUCAACUUUGCAAUUGGGUGACCUUUUGGAAAAUGGCAAAACAGGUGAUACCAGUCAAAUAGUUGAUGACAGUGCCCAAAUAGCAGAGAACGGUGAAGACAGUUAUGUGGAAGAAGAUUUUCCAGAAGUCAAAGUAGAGCACCAGGAAACAUUCUUGGGGCACACAAGUCCCAUAAGCCGAUGCCGCUUUUCUGCAUCUGGGAACAAUAUUGCCAGUGCAUCCCUGGAUGGAACUGUCAGGAUAUGGACAUAUGACUCAUCAACUCCAGUAUCUAGAAAUGCAACCAUUUACUGUGGCACAGAAAUCUUGUCUCUUGACUGGGAGUGUAAGUCAGAUCGCUUGCUUCUGAUAGGCACAUCAGAUGGGUGCGUUAAGGCUUGGAAUGUGGAUGCAAAGAGAGUUGUUUGUGACCUCAACACAACUGAAACAUUUCCUAGUAUUAUAUGUGGUUGCAGUGUAUUAGAUGUGAAAUGCAGCCCUGUAGAACCAAUUUUUGUGUCUGCAGCAGCAUCUGGAAGUGUGGGUUCUAACAACUUGGAUAAUCUUGGCUUUGCUUCACUGACUGUGUGGAACAUGAAGACAUGGAAAGCCAUGACAGUUCUUCCCCUCGGAGAAGAUCCACCAGCAAUUACUUCUCUAUGCUUUAAUCACAAUGGGAAGAUUUUAGCAGCUUCUGCCAUUGAUGGAAUGAUUCACAUGUUUGACAUGUCGUGUGGUCUACAAAUCACUGGCUGGCCUGCGCAUGAUUCUUCUAUCAGUUCAAUACUUUUUGGACCUGAUGAGACUAGCAUUUUCAGCUUAGGCUCUGACGGGAAGAUAUUUGAAUGGAGUUUGCAAAAUCAAGGACAAAUCAUGUGGUCAAGAAGCUGUAAUAGGCUGCGAUACCCAGGAGAUCUAAAAUAUUGCAGACAUGAGAUGGCUUUGGAUGGUAGUGGGAGGAGACUCUUAGUAACGUCAGGUUCAGUGAGAGCACCAAUAUAUGAGGUUCAAGGUCGUCAAAAUGGGUGGAGAACACUUGCUCAUGCUGCCUCUGUUACGACUGUUGAUUGGCAUCCGAGCUUGCCCAUUUUCUUGACAGGAUCGGCUGAUAAUUCUGUCCGAGUAACAUCUUUACGAUAGUUCAUCGUCUGGAAGAUUUUUUCAUUCUUUCUGUAGUAGUACGCUGUAUUUAAUUCAUCUAUUUUAAUAUGUUGGGUCUGUUUUUUAAAUAUUCAGUUUGUACAUCUUGGUUUUGACCAUUUCUAGAAAUCCGUCAGUCUGAUGAACUAAUGUAUGCCUAUAACUAAGUCAUCGCUUAUUUCAUGAUCUGCAUAUGCAUCCACAUGUAUUCAUGGGAGUUCUGGAUUUUAAUCUAAAUACUUCAAGUUCAGAAAUAA